CACUGCCCCCGAGGCAGCCCCUAAAAUUAGCGGAAAAAUCAAAACAAUAAUACCUUUACAUAUAUAUAGAAACGCGCUGCUAAGAUAAUUAAUGAGACGCGAUAGAAAUAAGUGAAAUACAUAAUCCGAUAUAUACAAGCCAUAAAACAGCGUUUUUUACACCACAAAGAGUCGUCAAAUUUGGCGCAGUGCGUUCUUAUAUAAGGCGUUGCUGAAGAACCCGGAAAUAGGCCGAAUCUCGAAUGGAUUCGGAAAAAGUGGUCCGUGCAAUGGCUCGUUGGUGGCAGACCGUCAGUCAAGAGGACGGUGACUCACGCAAUCCAAUAACCUACGAUCUUCUGCAAGAAAACCAGUCGAAGACUUCGAAGACACGGCAAUAUGUGGCGGCUAUGAUAAUUUGUUUGGGAGCGGUUGCCGCUGGAACUGCGUUAUCCUGGACGUCUCCUGUUUUUCCGCAGAUCUCUGCCGGAAACCAAAGUUUCUUAAAUUCCACUACUGGCGAUACUUCCAACUCGACGUCCAACGAGAAUGACAUUCUACUGACCGAUUCGCAAAAAACAUUGGUGGGAUCCAUGUUGCCCUUUGGCGCCCUUUUUGGCGCCCUCCCCUCCGGAUAUAUUGCCGAUAGGAUCGGGCGACGUUCUACAGCCAUGGUCAUGGACAUUCCCUUCAUCUUGGCCUGGAUCACGCUCAGUUUCGCAAAUUCCGUCGGCUGGCUUUACUUGGGCAGAUUUUUAAUCGGUAUCGCAACGGGCAGCUUCUGCGUGGUGGCUCCCAUGUACAUUUCGGAAAUCGCGGAGACCAGCAUUCGUGGCAGUCUGGGCACGCUGUUCCAGUUGCUCCUCACGAUCGGUAUCCUGUUCAUCUACGUGGUGGGAGCUUUUGUCACAUGGAAAACCCUGAGCAUGCUCUGUCUAAUCAUACCCAUCCUGCUGCUCGUCGGCCUGUUUAUCGUGCCCGAAACGCCAGUGUAUCUACUUAAAAGGGGUAGGCGCUCCGAGGCCAAUCGCGCACUAAAAUGGCUGUGGGGAGAUUACUGCAACACCAGCAACGCCAUCCAGGCCAUCCAAAACGACCUGGACCAGACAGGAGCGGAUGCAUCCGUGAAGGAUUUGUUCAGCAACCGCGCCUCGCGGAACGGUAUGGUGAUCUCCGUGCUGCUGAUGGUCUUCCAGCAGUUCUCCGGCAUUAAUGCCGUGAUCUUCUUCAUGAACGAGAUCUUCAAGUCCAGCAGCACGAUAGAUCCCAAAGCCUGCACCAUAGUUGUGGGGGCUGUGCAGGUGCUCAUGACUCUGGCCUCCUCCAUGCUCAUCGAGAAGGCCGGCCGCAAAAUCCUGCUGAUCUUCAGCAGCACCAUCAUGACGGUGUGCCUGGCCAUGCUGGGUGCCUACAACACCAUCCAACGGCACACUGAUGUGUCCCAGUCCAUUGGCUGGUUGCCCCUGCUCUGCAUAGUGCUGUUCAUCGUGAGCUUCUCCGUGGGCUACGGACCCAUUCCCUGGAUGAUGAUGGGCGAGCUGUUCAUGCCGGACGUUAAGGGCAUCGCCGUCUCCCUGAGCGUCAUGAUGAACUGGGUGUGCGUGUGCCUGGUCACAUGGCUCUUCGGCGUGCUCAAUGCUGGCGGUGCUGAUGUGCCCUUCUGGUUCUUCAGUGCCUGGAUGGGGGUGGCCACUGCCUACGUGGCCAUCGCCUUGCAGGAGACCAAGGGCAAGAGUGCCAGCCAAAUCCAGAGCUGGUUGAGCGGACGCUGAGGAUCACAGGAGGACUCCAUGCCAUAGUUAAUUCUAGUUGAAUGCCAUUGAACUCGUAGUUGAAUAAGCAGCCCUUGCAAAGAUACUUUUGAAUACUUUCUAUAUUUCACUUAUAUUUUCAACGAUUUACAAGAAACUGAACUUCAGCCAAGAUAUGUAAUCUUUUCCUAAUUUUAUUACAAUUUGUUUCGGACUCAAGGCCAACCUAACUUAUUGUUGUUCCACAAUGUUCAGAUCCGUAGUAUAGUUCAACUAGUUCCUAAGUACUCAUGGUCACGCCCAAAUAUCUAUAUAAGAUUCGAUGGACUUCCACUUCCACCCAAUUACACAUGUACGUGCUCUCCUUUUGUAUAAACCACCUGCUCUGUGUACACACACGUACUUUGGGAUUGCAAAGACAAAUACCUAUAUUUAUACUUCUGUGUGCUAAUUUUAACAAAUGUACAUAUAUAUUUGAUAAUAAAAGUAAACUGUACAGGAACCCGUAGUGUUUGCGGGUCAGAUUUGAGACGAUAGCCCCAGGCCCGGGUACGCCCCUUAAAGUGCGAAAUUGGAUCCCUAUCAGGCGACUGCACUCCAUCGGCUGGUCGUUGGCGACAGGCCACGCCCACUGCUGGCGCCAGUGCUCGGCGAUUCCCCAUUCCGACCACCACCCACUGCCCCGCGUCAUGGUCAGUGUGAAGGUCAUCGUCGGUUGAUUGAUCGACAUCGGAGUCGGAAUAUGUAUUGGAAUCGGAAUCGCCAGAUCGAUGCACAAAAUGCAAAUUGAAAUCGUGCCAGCCAGCCCACUGCGUUCGAUUGCCGGCGCUUCUAUGCAAAUAUUUAACGCAAUUACAGGAAGCCCAUCGAAGCCCCUAUUUGCUUGGGUAUUUGCUCGGCUAUUUGCCCACAUGCUCAACAGGUUGGCGACAAUCACCAGCAAGACAAAUACAAAUGGCAAAUAUCGCAGGGGGUGAAAAAGUGGGAGUGAUGGCGUAGAUGAUGCCGCGAUAUGUCCGCUAAUUUUAAUUCGCGUUCUGGUAGAUAAAUCGGUGGGAUUGAUGGGAUAUAGUCCAUAUAUGAACAUGUACAUGAUGG